CAAUAAUUUCGAGAUACCCAAACGGGCCAUUAUCUCGGUUUCUCAAGGUACCCAAACGGCCCCAAUCUCGGUUUCUUGCAGUCGCGGCUUCCGUCGGACGGUCGCUACUGCGGACCAACAAGCUCUCUCUCAUAUUAUAUGCAUACAAAUGCAAGCAACCUAUUUGUAUUUUCCUGGUCAUUCUUUAUUUUUUUUUCAAAAUUAAAAAUACAUUCCACUAUGUUUCAUGUGUGUAACUCUUCUGUAAAAGCGACUGCAUUUUUUAUUUCCUUUCCCCUUUGAAUAUUCUUUACAUCUCCCCUGUAUGCAUAUAUUUCAGGAGAAACACGCUAUUUCUUGUUCAAUCACUGUCCCUUCAGAUUCAGAUCCGGAUCCCGUAGUUGAAGCUUCUCGGCCUGCUUUUGAAUAAUCAUUUGGCUGUUUUGUUUUGUUUUUUGUCCUGUUUGUGAGUUUGUAAUGUUGAGAUUGGGAAUCGAUUGAGAGAGAGAAAAGAGCGAUGCAUAGCAGGGGGUCGAGCGGCCGGCUCUCUGCAAUGGUAAUGAAGUCGAGGAUUUCUUUUCUAAUGUUUUCGAUGCUCGCGACCAUGGCUUCCCUCUAUGUUGCUGGACGUCUUUGGCAGGAUGCAGAGGCUAGGGUUUAUCUUAUAAAGGAGCUCGAUAGGAGAACUGGGCAGGGGCAGCCAGCUAUAUCAGUUGAUGAUACGCUUAAGGUUUUGGCUUGCAAAGAUCAACAAAAGAAAUUAUCAGCACUAGAGAUGGAAUUGGCUGCCGCUAGAAGUGAAGGUUUUGUAUCAAAACAUUCCAUUGGACCAAAUGGAACUCAUUCAAGGAGAAGAUUACUAGCUGUUAUAGGUAUUAUCACAGAAUUCGGUCACAAGAAUAACAGGGAUUCAAUCAGAAAAUCGUGGAUGCCUACAGGUGCAGCAUUGAAAAAAUUGGAAGAUGAUAAGGGUAUAGCAGUCCGUUUUAUCAUAGGUAGAAGUGCAAAUCGUGGGGAUAGUUUGGACAGGGCAAUUGAUGAAGAGAACAGCAAAACAAAUGACUUCCUUAUUCUUGAAGAUCACGUGGAGGUUUCUGAGGAGCUGUCAAAGAAAACAAAGAAGUUUUUUGUUAGUGCUGCUGAUACUUGGGAUUCUGAUUUCUAUGCUAAGGUUAAUGAUGAUGUUUAUGUUAACCUAGAUAGCUUGGGGGCUAUGCUUACAAAAUACUGGGAACAGCCCCGUGUUUAUAUUGGAUGUAUGAAGUCAGGAGAAGUUUUCUCAGAACGGAGCCACAAAUGGUAUGAGCCCGACUGGUGGAAGUUUGGAGACAAAAGAUCGUAUUUUCGGCAUGCUUCAGGGGAAAUGUACAUCAUAUCACGAGCUUUGGCACAGUUUAUAUCCAUAAACAGAGGAACUCUCAGUACAUAUGCCCAUGAUGAUGUUACUGUCGGAUCAUGGAUGAUUGCACUUGAUGUGAAGCAUGUAGAUGAAGGCAAACUCUGCUGCUCAACUUGGUCUCCAGGUGCUGUUUGCUCCACUGUCUGACCCAAUUUAGGCGAUGGCUCUAUACUCAACAAGUUUGCUGGGUCCAAAUGACAAGAUUUUCGUUUCUUUCAUUCACCAAGCUUGGGGCUAAUUCGAGUUGAUAUAGGGGAGUUAUAGGCUUUAUUGGCUGCUGCAAGUUCCAUUUUGGAGGUGAGGAACUGAGAGCAGUUAUCCCAAAUUUACUGGAUCCGAGCAAUAGACCAGUCAUCAACUUGGAUACUGCUGGUGUUUGGCAUUGAUACAUAAUUCAUAACAUAGGUUGGGUUGGGAUGGGGACAGAUCAUAGGGAGUUGGAGUGAGAUAUUUUUCUCUGAUGGCUUAGUUGGAUGUGUAAUGUUGGAAUAUUCCUUUCUGGUGGCCCAAAAAUGUAAUUGGGACUGGAUUUGAAUUUUUUGUAUCUCAUUGAUUUGAGAUGAGGGCUUGGAGGAAAAUGAGAAGGCUCGAUCAUGUGGUUUUGGCCUCUCCA